AUGAGAAAAGUCAGCCUGGAAGAACCUCCCGCCGAUACCACCAACCAACCAAGAUACAUUACGGGUAUCUCUACAACUCUCGUUGCCCAAGCUUUCACGAUGGCAGGCAUACUUAAGGACCUUAGGGACGACCUAAGGGAGGAUCUUGCUGCUUCCACCCCCGAAGGAGACGAGUUCAGACUUUGCAGCCAAUUUUAUAGGGUCCUGGAUCCAACUCUCAAAGCGCUUAGAAGGAUUACCGAAACGUUGGGAACAGCACCGGGCACCGCAGAUAUUCUCGAUGUGAUCGAGAAAUCUCUCCAUUGGUUGAAGGGUUAUUGUGAUACCUUCUUUGAGAACAAGACUUUCCAGGACAGGCCUCAACGCAAAAAAUGCUACGAGGCCAUCAAUUGGCUGAUGGCACGGAUGCAAGAGAUCCUGGCGACAUUCAAAACGUCCGAUAUUUUUCGAUAUGUGCUGCCGGACGCAAAAUUAUGCUAUGGUAAUCUCGAAUAUUGUGAGGAUUCUAUGGAAGCGUUGGAAAGCUCCUUGGCGGAAUAUCCCGAAUCAGACGGAUCUCGAACACAGAAGGCACCCGAGUCGCAUCAACAGAGGAGACCCGUAUUCAGGACUCCCCCAGGGAGGCUACCUGUGCUCAAGACUCCCCUAGAGAGGUUUCCCGUGCUCAAGACUCCCCUAGAGAGGUUUCCCGUACCCGUGAAUCGCCAGGAGAGGUAUUCUAUGCACGCAUCUCGCGUAAAUGGGUUGCCCGCAUCUCCGUCACCGAGGGCACCGACAUCUCGCACACAGAGGAUUCAUCCAAAUGAGAGCGAACGUCGUUGA